UGGAAACGCGUUCCCGGCUGGUUUGGCGCUCAGGAGCCGCUCUGUGCUCUGCGGGGGCAUUUAGCAGAGACCCCUCUGGUGCAGUUGCCAGGACAUGGCAUUGGCUGAGGCCCCCAGGCCGGGGCCCCUGGAGGAUCCCGAGUGGCACGGCUCCCCGGAGGGGAAGGAGUAUCUGGGCUGCAUCCUGCGCAAGAAGAAGCGCAAGUUCUUUGGUCUGAUAGAGCGGCCCGUGCUCUCCCCGCAACUGCCGGCCGAUAUCGCCAGCUACAAGCUGUUUGUCUGUGGGAGGAGCGGCGCCGGCAAAACCUCUUUCAUCGCUAAACUGGCAGGGCUGGAAGUACCCAGCAUGCACCACGAGACCACUGGCAUUCAGACCACCUGCGUGUACUGGCCCGUGCGCCCCGCCCACAGUGCCCGACCCGUGAUCUUCAGGUUCCAGUUCUGGGACUGCGGGGAGGGGGCGCUCAGGAAGUUUGAUCACAUCUUGCCCGCGUGUAAAGAAAUGGCCGACGCCGUCCUCUUCCUCUUCUCUUUCACCGAUCGAUCGUCAUUCGAGGAUGUGCCGGCGCUGAUCUCUCGCACACUCGGCCAGGAAGAAGAUGUCGCACGUGUGGUUAUUGGCACCAAGCUGGACCAGUACACGCACACGGAUGUGACGGAGAACGACCUGCGUGAUUUCCAGAGAACUUGGCAGCUGCCCGUCAUGCGUGUGCGCAGUGUGAAUGGGCCCCGUGUGGCCGAGGGGCGGGGCUUGGAUGGGCGAGCGGGACUGGUGGAAUGUGCCCCUGUGCUAAAUGGAUUGGCGGAAAUUCUGUGGCGCAGAGACCAAGUUAUUGCCGGACUUGUGGGCGGGGCAGAUUGACGCACAGUCGGGUCUCCCCUUUAUAUAACGUGGAUCUGGCCUGUUCCUAAAGAGUUAAUGGUUCUGAUGGAUCACUGAGUGGCUGUAUAAGGAUUUGCUGGGACUGUGGGGCCCCAGAUUCCCCCGGCAGGUCUCUGGGAGAAGGUUUGGUCGGUACCAUUGGGCCCAGGGAGACUGUGUGGGAGUCACACUUGGUUCUGCAUCUCCCCAGUGCCGCCUGGUCAUGUGACUGCGAGUGCCCACUCAUUUACUUGCACCUGAUUGGCCGAUCCUGUCUGUACAUCACUACAUGUCCCCUCAGCACCCAGGCACCAUGUAGUUACAGCUAAUCACCAGCAGGGGGCAGCAGGCACUGCCAGUUGUUCUUCCCCUGGGCACAAUGCCAGGCUAAGGGCUGGUUCUGCCGUAUCUAUGGGCAUGUGUUCUCUCAGCCGUGCCCUCUGUGCCCGAGUGAUUCAGUGCCCGGCAGUGCCCCCGAUACAGCACCAUUUCUGUCAGCGCUUUAUCUACGGAAAUCUCUGCAAUUCCUCAUUGUUUCUCCUCCCGGCAGCAUUAGCUGAACUGCCAGUUCUACAUUGUUUCAGGAGUCAGAACCAGCAGUGCAGGGAAGGGAAAGGGACAGACACAGUGACAGUUACACAUAACUAUAAACCCAGUGAGAAUGAGGAAUGAAUGGGUAUUGGGGAGUUGUAUCAGGAGUCAGAACCAGCAGUGCAGGGAAGGGAAAGGGACAGACACAGUGACAGUUACACAUAACUAUAAACCCAGUGAGAAUGAGGGAUGAAUGGGUAUUGGGGAG